GUACUCUAAAUUACUCCAAAAUGGACAGUCAAGACACUAAAUCAAUGAGCAACGAUACGCGAUGCGUAUUUUUUAAUACACAAUCAGACGACUAUCGAUGCCAGUCUGGUACUUUCUCCACCUCUGACUGCGAUGGCCGUGUGGUAGGUGCUGAUUUUAACGGUAAAACGAGCCACAGGAACCUUCUCCUUAGUAGGAUGCCUUUUUAUGCUGUUUGUGAUCUGGCUGCUUCGCAGGUAUCACUCUUUGGCUCAGAAAAUGAUUCUCAGCCUGACAGUAGCAGCCUUCUUCAACAGCACAGCAUAUGUCAUGGGUGAGUCACAUCCAGGAGGAUCGCUUUGUGACUUCCAGGCCUGGUGGCUAACGUACUUUGACUGGUGUGCCUUGGCCUGGGUUUGCCUCAUUACACUGAACCUGUACCUCAACCUGGUGAGAGAAGUGAGCACCAACAGAUACCAAAUGUUUUACCAUCUGAUAGCAUGGGGGGUUCCUCUGGUCAUGGCGUCUUUUCCACUGCUGAAAGGUUACUACGGCCCUGCAGGAGCCUGGUGCUGGAUCAUAGACGAUCACGUAGCCUGGAGAUUUGGGAUAUGGUACGUGCCCCUGUUCAGCCUCAUCUUCCUGAUGAUCCUCUGCUACGCCAGGAUCAUCUGUGUGGCCAAUAAGAGGAUGCAGUCAUGGUUGGGAACCUUCAACCCAGAAAGAGAGCGACGAAAGGUCUCCCUGGCAGAGGAGAUCAAGCCGUUGAAGUGGUAUCCCUCCGUCUACCUCCUGGUGUCUAUCUUCCCCCUCAUCAACAGGCUCCACAAUGCCUUCUACCCGAAGGAUCCCUCCUUCACUCUCACCCUGUUGCACGUCCUUUCAGCACCACUCCACGGCUUGGCUAAUGCCUUUGUCUUUGGUCUGGAUAGAGAAUGGUGGAGCCUACUGAGCCCUACUGGCAUGCAGCUGGCUCUGCAGUCGCGGCUGUGUGACAGGACUCGGAUUGGAGAGUACCACCCCGGGGCGGUGCGCUACACGCAGGCUGACCUGGUCGACCUCAGCGAUGACGACGACGAUGACACCAACGUGCUCUUCUACUCCCCUGACAUGACCCUGAAAGACAGAGGGCCCUGAGAGGGAGAGAAAGAUAGAGAGAAAAGGAGCACAGAGGAGGGUCAGAGCUGCAGAGAGAGAGACACAGUGGAUUAGAAACUGAGAAGGAAGAAGAAGAGAGGUAGGGAGGGAAGAGGAGGGAAGAUUGGGGGGACAGUCAGGCAGAUAGAAGCCGGAGAUGAGCUGUCAGGUUCCAUUAUUAAUCCCCAUCCUUUACUAUUUAAUAUCCUAAAGACACACACACAUACUGAGCAGGGUAGUGCUCACUGCAAUACUACCAUCACAGAGGAGCAGCUCUAAAGAUCCUCCUAAUGUUAAAGGCGUCUGCAGCAUCCGAGAAGUCUUAAAAAGAUUUCCCUCUCUGCAUCGCCUUCUUUACUCCUGCAUUCUGCAGCAUUUCAGCUUAUAGCAAAACAAAGAGAAGAAAGAGUGCUGAAAGGCUGUCACAACGAGGUGUUAGUUUAGCAUUCGCGGCAAUUACCUUUUCAUUUCUCUGAGGGAGGAUAACAUGGAAAGAAAGCCCUUUUAAAAGGCUUCCUUUGCAUAUGACGUAAAAGGGUACUGAAUCAUUAUCUUGGCAUAUAAGGGUGGAGAUAUACUUGCUUUUUAACCUUGCAUACUUAAUCGGGCUUUGAGACUAGGGAUGUUCCAUAAGGAAAAAGUGGCGAAAUGUGCUUUAGAUGGACAGAAAUCUUUAUGGAGACGAUACCAGGACAAAAAGGGUUGAUGUAAAACCUAUAGCUUAAAAAUUACAAAGUGAACACAGUGCUUAUGAAAACAGCAGAUCUUCUUAUUCUUAUGGGUUGUUUAAUUUUAUCGAAAAUACCCAAAAUAUAUGUCACACAUAAACAAUUUAAAUCAAAAUGAAAGCUACCAAAUUACACAGUUACAAUCAAGAAGAAAUCCUAAAAUAGCCAAUAGCAAGCAUUCCCCAACCGUAUGGAUAUGUCAUAGUGAGGGGCAGAGGUAAAAUCCAGAACAGAAGUUGCCUCAUGUAUAGGCUUCAGUCCAUUUUUUUCGGUAACUCUCAAGGGCACAAAGGUUUAAACUGUCCCCUUGUGUCAUGAUUUCCAUUUCCUUUAGCAAAGUCCAUACUGGAGUUCACCAGCUAUAGCAUGGUAGUUGAGCUCUCAGCCUGAAGGGAUUGCAGUGAGAUAGACUCCCAUGUUCUUUCUGAGGAGUGUCUCCAGUCAAACCAGCUCACAACAGUAAUGGUAACACUUGCAGUGUGCCUUCCACUUUCUUUAAAUGCAUGAUUAUGACCUAACGGGAGAGAAAAGCGGUUAAAAAGUGGGGCAAACGUUAUGUAUUCCAGCUGUUUGCAAUAUACAAUGAAUAGGGUGAAUUUCAGUCAUGUUAGCUCUCACAUGCAGCAUGUAACAGGUGCAAGCACUUUUGGUAAAAAUAUUGGUUGUCUUAGCACUUCAUGCAGGUGCAUGGAUCACAUCAGUAUAAAGGCUGAAGCUAGCUUUCUAAAUGAAAUAUAGAAGUAUGAAAAUGGUAGCUUAUACACCAGAUUUACUGUAACUGAUAUCGAAUUGCACCAUUUUUAAAAAAUCAGUAACUUGACUUUUAAUUGCCUACCUGAGAGUGAUGCCAUAGUAAAGUCUGUGUGUUGGUAAUACUUGAUAUUCAUUAUCCAAAAAGUUUACUUCUUCCUGCAGAUAGGUCGGAUCAAGGUUUGGUCAUGUUCUCAUUACAAAUUAAAGGCAGCCGAGUCCAAAUAAAAGUGGAACAAGACCCACCUUUUUAAGCUGUGUUGUUCUGGUUGUUUGGUCAGCACCAGAGUUCGGUUGACAGCUUUCACAUCAGCGCAAACUAAAGAGACAGGAGUUUAUUUAAAUUGAACCAAACAGGUUAAGGCUCAUUUAUGGUUCAAAUCCAUGCAUUUGAAAUGAGAUGGCUGUCACUGCCUACUUGCAUGUGUCUGUCACAAAGGGGUGGAAGAAAUAAAUCCACUCAAGGUCUAUUGUAGGGGUCUGUUUCUCUGUCCUGCUGAGCUAACAUUAUAUGUUUGUUUGUAUUUAAGAACAACUCACACUACAUUUGGUGAUAUUUCCUCAGAAAGUUUGAGUAGGUUCUGUUUUCAAAUAAUUCUUCUUCAUUGUGUUUUGCUGCUAUACCUUGAAAUGUUGCUACCUUGCACAACACUGCCCCUAUGAUUGGUGGUGGUUGUUCAAUGGUUGAUCUGUAUCCAUAGGUUUUUUAGAGAACAUGAAGAAAUGCAGAUGGGGGAUCACAAAAAAGCUUCAUCUGUAUCCAUAUACAUUUCAAAUGCAGAGCAUAAAUGAGACUUUAGGUAUGAUAGCAACAUUAGAUUCAGUUUCUAAUGGCUAAAAAUGUUUUUCUGGAGAAUGUUGUUCAGAGAUGAGAUGUGUGAGAUGUAAACUAAAGACAUGGUGCCACUCAAUGAGGUAACUAUUAUGUUAAUUCUGAUUUCAGAUUUGACUGAAUUUUUGGGAACAUGUACAACCAAAGCACCAAACGGAUGCAAAGGACGUGCAGCGGUCAUCAUGCACGUGCAAGAUGCCAUUAAUAGCAAGUAUAUCUUCACCUUAAAAGCCCUUAAAGAAUUCCCUCUCUGCAGCUCCUGUGAUUCACAUCAUUUUGCCAUAUCACAAAAAAUAAACACGAAAACAAAAUAGAAUGAGUGCAUCAUUCAAAGAGGCCUUUUUAAAAAGCGGUCUUUGCAUGUGACUGAAAAACAUAUAUUCUGAGAUUGGGCUGGGUUCUGAAUAAUUUUCUUGCAAUGUAAGGGGGAAAGUGGGAUACAGGAAAGACAGAGGAGAAGACAUGGAAGGAUAGGAUAUGCCCCAGAGCACGACUGUUGAGUGCAGCGCAGUCAUUCUCUCCUUCCUCAGGCAGUAUUUAUUUUUCUCUUUACUCUCUUUACAUAUGGUAUUGUUGAAAACCUUCGCACAAGUAUUCUUUUGAAAGGUUGUUUUUGUAUUUUUUUUAUGAAAUCUUACAUUUGUUUGUUAUACUGUAUUUAUAGCAGAUCAAUGUACUCUAUAUAUUUAAGUGUACACUCUAUUUUUGUACGUGCCUUGAACUGAAUGAUGAAGAAAAUUGCUUCUCUUGGUCCGAAACCUUCUGGUCGAGCAGAGCCUGACUCAAUACAUUCAGCCUUUACAUUCAACCAAAAGAACAUGUUACUAGUCAAAUACACUCCCACACAUGCACACAUAUGCAAACACACAUUAUUUUUCUUGUCAAAACAGGUCGGGAGUAGAUGACACAUGCGGUACCCACAUAGCAACAGCCUUCAGUGUUCAUCAUCUCACGGCCCUCUUGUUUGGCACUAAGGGAACCAAGCUGAGGUGUGAUUGGCAGAAUAAUACAAACACUUUAUAUUCAACCUCAGUUCAUUUGAUUUUGCACAUAUCUGGGUGGUUUUUAUCACUGACAGUGCGUGCUGCCGCCUGUCAUCUCCCUCUCUGACAAGAAGAAGUGAUGAUUUGACACUUGACCCUUUUUUACCCUUCAGGUGUUAAACUUUUCAGCCGGGGCGUCAAUGGCACCCGAGUGCAACUUUAGUUAGCACUUCACAAGAUCCCAAACACUCCAUCACACAGACUUGCAGUGUGCCCAUACUCCUCUUUGGCACUGCUGCUGCUUUUACUUGACUGUACACUCCAUCAAAUAAAUGA